CUGGAACCCGGAUCAUCUGCUCGGAGAAAUACUGCAUGCAUCAAAGAGGGGUAAUCCUGCAUGGGUCUAUCCGAAACACCACCCAUGCCAUGCAUCAUUCUGCUUAGUGGGAGGAGAAGGCGACCAGCAGAAAAGGCCUGAGUCCCGGAGAUUUCACCUGCACAGAUGUCCAAUCGGAGAAAUCCACAGGCAGAGGUUGGCUUCCAGUCUAGCACAGAGCUCAACGCCUACUUAUACCCCAACAUCACGAGCUGUCAACAAACACAAGCUACUACUGCUAAUUGCAACUACCUACAAUGACGCUCGACAUCCCCCAAACCCAGACAGUAGCUCUGGUCAAUGAACUCGGAGGGAGGGUCGAGUUCCGUGAGGACUACCCCGUCCCUACCCCGGGCCACAAUGAAGUCCUGGCCAAAGUGCUCUACACGGGUGUUUGCCAAAGUGACCUACAUACCAAGAGUGGCACUGCCGCCUCGUCCGAGGGCACCCCCAUCACAAACAUCAAAUUCCCCCACGUGGGAGGCCAUGAGGGCGUCGGACGCAUUGUGGCCCUCGGCCCUGGGUGCGGCUCAGAUCUGAGGGUCGGGGGACUGGUGGGUAUACGAUUUUCGAGCCGGAUCUGCCGAAGAUGCGAGUUUUGUCUGGCGGGAACCGAGCAGUACUGCAUCAAGAGCACCAAUCAUCUUCAUCACGAGGAUGGAAGUUUCCAGCAGUACAUCGCCUUGGAUGCAGACUACUUGACUAUCCUGCCCGAUGACAUCGACCCUAAAGUCAUUGGGCCGGUCCUGUGCGCGGGUGUGACUGCUUACAAGGCAGUCCUCAAUACCAAUAUUCGGCCGGGCAAUUGGCUAGUUGUAGUCGGUGCCGGUGGCGGACUGGGCCAUUUGGCAGUCCAAUAUGCCAAGGCACAAGGAGCGCUAGUGAUCGGUGUUGAUGCCGGUGACAAGCGAGAUUUCGUCCUCAGCCUGGGAGCCGUCGAGUUCAUAGAUUUCACCACGAUGGAUCCUGUCCAAGGGGUCCACGAGCUUACUGGCCUGGGCGCACACGCUGCGGUUGUCACCGCUGGUAGCGCCAAAGCGUUUGCAAAUGCAUGCGAGAUGUUACGCGUGGGAGGGAUUUUGAGCUGCGUAGGGAUUCCCCCCGGACGUCCAACCCUGCAGACACCAAUCGCUACGAUUGUGAUCAAAGGGCUUCGAAUCAUCGGAAAUCUGGUUGGCUCGCUGAAAGAGUGUAUGGAGGCAGUGGAGCUCGUUCGCCGUGGGGUGGUCAAGCCAGAAAUCAAAGUCCGGCCGUUCAAGGAUCUGCCUCAAGUAUAUGAGGAGAUGGAGAAGGGAGAUAUUGCGGGAAGAAUCGUGCUUCAGAUUUCAGAAUGAUGCGCCAUCUCGGGGCUGCCCUUUUCUAAGCCAGUCUCGUAGAGAAACUCAGUUAGAUGAAACCAACCGGUGAUUAACCCAGG